UGUACCUCUUCUGUGUUCCAGCGGCGGGCUGUCUAAUCUCCUCUACUACUGUGCCCUGCCCGCCUCCCACCCACCCAAGGCCACCGAGCCCUCCGAAGUGCUGCUCAGGAUAUAUGGACAGGUCCACGGGGAGGAUGCACUGGAGUCCGUGCUGGCGGAGAGCGUCAUCUUCGCCCUGCUGUCGGAGCGUCGCCUUGGCCCGCGCCUGUAUGGAGUGUUCCCCGGCGGCCGCCUGGAGCAGUUCAUUCCUGCUCGUCCCCUUUUCACGCGGGAGCUGGCCGACCCGGAGCUCUCGGCCAUCAUUGCCACCAAGAUGGCCAACAUUCAUGCCCUAAAUGUGCCCAUCAGCAAGGAGCCGUGCUGGAUAUGGAACACAAUGGAGAGGUGGCUCCGCACAAGCCAGGAGUUCCUGAGCCAGAAGCCACAGCUGGGGCGUGAGCAGGACAGCAGCUUGGUGGAGCGCCUGCAGCAGGUCGACUUCCAGAAGGAGAUGGAGUUCUUGCGUCAGGUUGUGGCGCGCGUCCAGUCCCCUGUGGUGUUCGCCCACAAUGACAUGCAGGAGGGGAACAUUCUGCUCAAGACGGGGCCCAAGCCAGCCACUGGGAUUGACCGCAUUGCACUCAUCGACUUCGAGUACUGCUCCUACAACUAUCGCGGCUUCGACCUGGCCAACCACUUCUGCGAGUGGAUCUACGAGUACAAGUUGCCCGUGCACCCGUACUUCACUGUGGACUGCGACAACUACCCCAGCCGACAGAAACAGGUGAACUUCAUCAGGAUGUACCUGGACGCCUACGAGAGGAGCCGGAGGGGCAAGUCAGCGGCAGUGGCGGCGGCAGCACUGAGCAACGGCACUGAGGAAGCGGCGGCCUUGCAACAGAACGGCGCAGUGGGUGCAGUGGCGUGCGCCCCCAGUCACCCGGCGGAGGAGACACUACUGCAGGAGGUGGCAGCCUUCACCCCCGCCUCGCACCUCUUCUGGGCGCUCUGGUCCAUCGUGCAGAGCAAGGCCUCCACCAUACCCUUCGGAUACAUGGAAUACGCCGUCACCAGGAUGGAGCACUACUUCCAGGACAAGGCCAAGCUGCGUCUGGACCAGCUCACCAAGCGCAAGUCUGACGCCAUCACCGAGGAGGGCUAGUUAGGGCGGCGCCAGCACGAGCCACACACAGGACACCCAGCCACGCCACAGCUGUGCGAGGACAUUCUGGUGCCUUAGAACUGUGCUGGGUUGGGCUGUGUCCUCGGCAAGAGUGGGAGGAGAAAGGGACACAAGAGGGACCAUGGUGCUAUUUUUACUGUGGGUGUGUGUUUAAGGCGAGUGUGGCGGAGGUGGUGGUUCAGGUUGCUUGGUGGCGCCGGAGUGCUGCGGUAACUCUGAGAAGGAGAGAUUUAAUAUUCGAGCUUUUUAGGAGUCUUAGCUUGACCUACAGUAUUUGCAUCACAGUUCUCCGAUGCGCCGUUAGAAUGAGUGAUGUGCAAUGAUGUAACUGCUGCUGAUGAUGAUGAUAGCAAGUAGUGUCUGUGUCUGUGUGUGUGUGUGUGUCUUUACCAGCAGCGCCACCUCCAAAGGCAGUGUAUUCAUAUCACAGUUCUCCGAUGCGCCGUUAGAAUGAGUGAUGUGCAAUGAUGUAACUGUUGAUGAUGACGAUGAUGGUAGCAAGUAGUGUCUGUGUCUGUGUGUGUGUCUGUGUCUUAUCAGCAGCGCCACCUCCAAAGGCAGUGUAUUCAUAUCACAGUUCUGCCGAUGCGCCGUUAGAACGAAUGACGUGCAAUGAUACAACUGUUGAUGACGUUGAUACCAGGUCCUGGGUCUGCACCUUACCGGCAGCACCACCUCCCAGGGCAAUCGUAAGCACCUCGUUCGCGAUAUCAUAUUUUUCUUGCAUUUGUAUUCUUUAAUGACAAAGUUCAUACCUGGGGACUCGCUGAUAUUGUGCAUUAGCCGACAUGACGCAGAGGGGGAGUUUUGGGAUGGAGAGCUUCCCUGGUUUCCCUGUAGCUGUAUGCACGACUAAUGUUGGUCUCCUGUAUUGUCUGUUUAUAGAUAUGUUGGUCUGGCAUUACUUGGGCAAAACCUCCUUGAGUUCAUGAGGGAAAGGAAGUCUGUGAUCUGGCCUUAAUAUUCAUCUUUCCUCCUCCUCCUCCUCUUGGUCCUUCUUAUAAACUGGAGAUGAAAACAAUGAUCCAGGAACUUGUAUAUUAGGUCACCCUUUGUUAGUCUUCAAGGCAUACACGAGGAUGACUUGUCUUGGGGAAGGGUAAGGUAGGGGAGGGAAGGGUGUGUGGGCUGUGACUCAUGCUCUGUGAUGUCUGACGGCUGGCAACCUCCCGCCCUUCGUGUUUGUAAAUACUUCAUGCGCCUCCAUCACGCACCAUUCUCUCAUCCACUCACCCACUCAUCCACUCAUCCAUGGCACGAAGGUGGUGGUGGUGGCAGCGGUGGGCGAGGCCGCUGCUUAGUCCUCCAUGGGGUGUCUGUGCUUCAGCUUGUGGGCGAUAAAUGGAGGUGAUGCAACGUAGGUCUUUGUUGUGCAUCUUGGCAGCGUUUUUUCCGCUUGUGUGUUGCGGCGUUGGAGUCUGGAGGGAGUUAUGAAGCACAAUACUGUUCUUGUAGGUGUUCUUUCAAUGAUAGUGUGUGUGUGUGUGUGUGUGUGCGCUAGGCUGCCACAACACACCCACACUGGCAGGGAGCUCCUUCACACACAGGGUUUUGCUUGCUUGCCGUGCCUACUGUUCAUGUUAGUACUUCUUGCCGGGGUUAAAUGUACAAGAGAAGUUGAGAUGAGGUAUGAAAAUGAGCCUGUAAAAGUGAAGUGCGUUUUGUCAAGGUUAAUGUUGACGAUGGCACACAAAUCCAUCAGUCCAUCACGAUUUCUUGCACUCCAAAUUUCAGACCACUUAAUUCUUGACGGGUAUUUUUUUCUUUGCAUUAACUUCGAGUGUCGGAUUUCCUGAUCAGUGGAAUUCAGACCAAUGUACUUUCGUUGUAGUUCACAAUUUCAAAACGACACAAACACACAAAAAAGCAACAACUCCAUAUAAGCCUUUUGUUGUAGUUUGCAAUUUCAAAACGACACAAACACAAAAAAGCAACACCUCCAUAUAAGCCUUUUGUUGUUGUUUGCAAUUUCAAAACGACACAAACACACAAAAAAGCAACAACUCCAUAUAAGCUUUUUGUUGUAGUUUGCAAUUUCAAAACGACACAAACACACAAAAAAGCAACAACUCCAAAUAAGCUUUUUGUUGUAGUUUGCAAUUUCAAAACGACACAAACACACACAAAAAAAGUAACAACUCCAUAUAAGCCUUUUGUUGUAGUUUGCAAUUUCAAAACGACACAAAUACACAAAAAAAGCGACAACUCCAUAUAAGCCUUUUGUUGUAGUUUGCAAUUUCAAAACGACACAAACACACACAAAAAAAGCGACAACUCCAUAUAAGCAACGGUAAAAACUGUCACAAAAAAGGAGAACGACUUCCGCUGAGGUUCAUUAUCACCGUGAACUCAAUUUUCCGAGGCGACUUUCCCCCAGGCAUGAGCAUGAAUGAGAAGGUGUGUACGAGAAGGCAAGCAGACCCUAAAUAAACACACACACACACACACACACACACACACACACACACACUUUUCCUGUAUUUCACAACUAGGUAAAUACACACACACACACACACACACAAGGUAUUUAACACAUUCUCUUUGGAACAUCAUAUACCUUUACAAUGUGCUAAUGUUAUGUGACUUUAGUAAACUUAUCUAUAACCUUCUUUACGUCUUUCUUCUUCAUUUUGUUCUUCUUCUUCUUUUUCUUCUUCCUUUCGUUCCUUUUUUUCCUCUUGUUCUUGUUCUUUUACACAAAUGAACACUACCAUUCCCAUCAUCCGUGAAAGGUUGAUGAGCUACACAACAAACUCUUUUCAUCAUCCGUCGAGUAAGGUGGAUGAGUAAAUAAGUAAUCACAGACCAAUCUUUUCAAGGGAACACUCAUGCGAUUGUACAAAGAUGCUAUUCAAUCAGUAUUUUCUUCACUCCAUCCCUUUCCGUGCAAAGCAACACUGAGGGUACUGUAUAUGCUCAUGCGAAAGGCUGACGUCCCCCAAAGACUACACGUUUGAAAGGGGAAUUACGUUUAUCCCCGGAAAAGCAUCAUCCAUAUAACACUGUACCCCCUAAACCUCAUUUUCUCUGAUAGAUGAACAUGCCUAGCCUCCUCUGCCCUGAGCUAUUAUCCCACAAAGAUUUAAUGUUUGCUUCGGGAAUGAAUUUGACCCACUAGAAAAGGUAUAUAAUAGUGUACCCCCUAAACCUCAUUUUCUCUCAUGCAUUUAACUGAUAAACUGAUGAAUGAACCUGCCCAGUCUCCCAGUCUCCUCUGCCCCUCUGAGUGAAAUUUAUAGAUGUAGUGUUGUGUUGGUUAGGUUGGUACUAAUGCCUAGAGUCUACCAGUGUUACCAAUCUAACCAAUACGACACCCAUUUCUAUAAAUUUUGCUCAAAUCCUAUUCCAACGGCUCAAGGGUGUUCAAUUUUGGGGGGGGGCAACUGUACGUGACUUCCGGCGACUGGUUGAAAGGGAAACAAGUGAAGAGAGGCAGAGGAGGAGUUAAUCCACCAAGUUUAUAUUCAUCAGAGUCAAAAAAUAUUCAAAAAUGUAACUUUUCCAUGAGCAUAUACAGUGAUGGAACCCUCACAGAUGACUAAGUGCUUGGACUCAUAUAAGCCAAUUAAGAAUAGUAUUUCUUUGCUCCUCGACAUAAGAGAGGGCCAGAGAUGUAUAUUUAUAAGCUGUGGUGCUGUUGAUGUUAACCAAAACCUGUAUGAUAGUGAUGUCACACUAUUCCACACAUGACCAACACAACACUCUUAAGUUCCUGCAGGCACAGCAGUCACUCACUCACUCAGUGCUCACCAGUAUCAAGAUAUUAAGAGUCCGGUCCUUCCAAGCGACUGUACAAGUGUCCAAACCAAACGGCUCCCCUUGUGUGUUUGGUGUUCCACAAGGCAAUGGGCUGCAGAAACUUCUUGUGUAGUAUUUUCAUGUGUAUUGGCUUCUCUACAACCACCACAUACUGUACAUGAAGCUCCUGUAUAGUUUCUGGACUUUCGUAGGAAAGCAAACACACUUGGAAGGUAUGCAGUUUGAGUUUGGUGUUUAUGAAGCUGUGUCAUUGGGCUGGGCUGAGCCAAGCCAAAUAAGUGAUCCGCUGUGCCACCGAUCAUUCCUGCGGCUCCCACUGAGGCUACAGAAACACUGCAUUACAACAUUGUUUUGUCCGGGCCAUGCGGACAGCAACCAUUCCUUGGUCAUUAUGCAUCAGGACAUCAUGAAUCACUGGCUGUCUCUCAUCACAGCAAACAUAACCCUGCUAGGCUGUAGUUAGAAUAAUCUUCAUGUGAAGUUAAAGGAUAUUCUGUGUAUGGUAAGACCAUGUAUUGAAAACUAGUUCAUAAUUGUGGGAGUAUUCUUCCUUUCCUGAUGACGGAAAAGUCCCUUCAAAAUAGGUCAUAUUUCAUGUCAAGUUUGCAAUAAAAAAAAAAAAAAAAAAAAAAAUGGAUAAAAAAAUAGCAUAGAAGAGCAUACUACACGAAGGAAGCAGAAGAUGUGUAAUAAUAAAAUAUAAAAUCUUUUUACGAUAAUUUAAAACUAAAAUGUUAAGACAAUGAAAAAGAAGCUGCCGGAGCAGUUAACGUUUUCUGAAUUUCCUGAACACUCGUUCCUGCCGCCGGGUGUGCCAGUGGGCAGGCGGCAGACAUUCCCUGAGUUUUGCAUUUAGGCGGCAAGGUUAUGCUGCAUCACCGUGGAGUCUAUAGUGUAAUGUUACGCUGCAUUACCGUGAAGGGGAGUCUGUAGUGUAAUGUUACGCUGCAUUACCGUGAAGGGGAGUCUAUAGUGUAAUGUUACGCUGCAUUACCGUGAAGGGGAGUCUAUUGUGUAAUGUUACGCUGCAUUACCGUGAAGGGGAGCUUAUUGUGUAAUGUUACGCUGCAUUACCGUGAAGGGGAGUCUGUAGUGUAAUGUUAUGCUGCAUUACCGUGAAGGGGAGUCUGUAGUGUAAUGUUACGCUGCAUUACCGUGAAGGGGAGUCUGUAGUGUAAUGUUACGCUGCAUUACCGUGAAGGGGAGUCUAUUGUGUAAUGUUACGCUGCAUUACCGUGAAGGGGAGCUUAUUGUGUAAUGUUACGCUGCAUUACCGUGAAGGGGAGUCUGUAGUGUAAUGUUAUGCUGCAUUACCGUGAAGGGGAGUCUGUAGUGUAAUGUUACGCUGCAUUACCGUGAAGGGGAGUCUGUAGUGUAAUGUUACGCUGCAUUACUGUGAAGGGGAGUCUAUUGUGUAAUGUUACGCUGAAUUACCGCGAAGGAGAGUCUACUGUGUAUUUUUCGUUGGGGUGACUUGUGCAGGGGAAGGGUCUGUAUAUUGUGCUUGUGCUUACCAGUGCUCUUGUUGUGAAUCAAAAUGGAUGAGUUGAGGGAGUUGUGCAAUGUGAAAAAAAGAGAAACACUGGAAGGGGCAAUGUCUGGGGAACCAUAUACCUGGGGAGGAAAGAUUAACGGGGACGGAGACUUGCCAAAUUGUGCCGCGGUGGUGGUGAUGUGCAGCCAUUGUGAGGCUCUGAGGGUUCAUGAUAUACAAUUGCUGUCAUAUAUUUGUUGGCUGAUUGUAAUGAAUGCAGCGAUCAUCUUUAAUAAUUACAUGCACAGUAUUGGACCAGUGAGUAGCGGACUUUUUUUUCCACAUUUGUUUCCUUUUUUUAUGCCCUUGAACUGACUCCUCUGUUAAAAAAGAAAAACAACAACUUUGCUCUCAUAUUAACUGUAAAAGUGUCAGUCCAGGAGGUUAUUUUAUAUGUGCCCACUGGUUGAACUAAAAGGUUAUACUGAUUAACUAUUAUUACCAGAUGUACGAGACAGCAAAACAGAGAAUUGAGUUUUAUACAGAGAAAAACAGCAAACAACGUACUCUUAUAAGUCUAAAACGUGGGUCCUGCAUUUUCUCUGAAGUUGAACAAAGGCAGUAAGAGUGAUCAUUUAUUAUUGACAAAACAAGAUAAUAAAGAAUGUUCCCUCGUAAGACCUACACGACGGGAGAUUUUUAUUUUUUAUUUUUUUACGAUAAAGGAAACAGCUCUAGGGCAACAAAAAGAGUGUAGGAAAAAAAAAGCCCGCUACUCACCGCUCCCGUAAUAGAAAAAAGUAACGACUUCCCUGUGUUUAGUCCACCAAGACGUAACACACUAACAUGUACGAACAGUGUUACGUCUUCUGGCCAUUGCGCGUAUAGCCACACGCAGCGUCGCCAAAUUGCCGUACUCUGAACAUUGUAUUUAUUGUUUUUAGGCGCCAAGACUGUCGUAACCACACAAACAACGAUAGAAAAUUAAAGUCAUCGUUGAAACUGCUAAAUACUGAUGGUUUUCGUUCUUUUUUGCUCUAGUUAUCAACCAGAAACUAUGAGAAUGCAAUGCGUUGAGUACAAUAAUUUGACAUCGCUGGCCACACAUCACCCCCAUGGUAGAUAUUGGCCUGUCUGUGUUCCCCGAUGAUCGCUUGAGGUGUACAGCGACUGCAUUCAUGUGAUAUUAUGUACAUUUUUUUUCAUUUAUCAUGCAUUGGGUUUGUCCGCCAGUUUGUACGCACCUUUCCAAUCCAAACUCAUAUCAGGGACUAUUAUAUUAUGUUUGACUAUGCUCUGUUUACUGUGACGAUUCUUGGGACACGAGGAAAUGCCCACAACAGAAGAUAUGAUUUUCUUCUAUCCUUCAAUACUCAAGCCCAGUCAUACUUCCAUCUCCCAUUAUGGUGAGGGUGGACCAUGUGCUAGUCCUACGCUUGCAUAUUCAAUUUAACUCAUCCCUUUAUCGUUUAUACCUCUCAAAUUCUCUGUUAUCGUAUUUACCUCUCAAAUUCUCUCCCUGAUCUUCCCAUUAUGGUGAGAGUUGUCCAUAUGCUCCUACUCUUGCAUAAUCAAUUUAACUCAUCACUUUAUUGUCUUUAUCCCUCAAGUACUCUCCCAUUAUCUGCCCAUUAUGGUGAGGGUUGUCCAUUUCCUCCUACCCUUGCUCUCUAUCCAUGCAAAUUAACACAACUCACACUUUUACCUCCCUUUUUCUCUCCCUCAAAUACUCUCCCAGUACCUGUUCUUGCUCUCCCUCCCUGCAUAUUUAAGACAACUCACACUGUUAUAUCCCUUUUUCUCUCCCUCAAAUACUCUCCCAGUACCUGUUCUUGCUCUCCCUCCCUGCAUAUUUAAGACAACUCACACUUUUAUAUCCCUUUUUCUCUCCCUCAAAUACUCUCCCAGUACCUGUUCUUGCUCUCCCUCCCUGCAUACUAAAGACAACUCACACUGUUAUAUCUCUUUUUCUCUCCCUCAAAUACUCUACCAGUUCCUGUUCUUGCUCUCCCUCCGUGCAUAUACUAAAGACAACUCACACCUUUACCUCCCUUUUUCUCUCCCUCAAAUACUCUACCAGUACCUUCUCAUCAUAUAUACUAUUCUGUUCUUACUCUUCAUCCCUGCAACUCUCUCUCUCAAAUACUCCACCACCACCUUCCCAUUUUAUUGAGGUUGUUGACUUGCUCCUAUCCUCGCACUCCAUUCCUCUUAUUUCUCUCUCUCUCUUACUUCUUUCUAUUUUGUAUCGCAGCUAAAAAAUUUUCCCAAGCAUUUUUUUAUUAUUUUGGUAACAGUUCAUACUUAUACUGCAGCUUAACUCGCAUGAACUUUUUUUAUUAAUUUGGCAACACUUCAUUUUUAUUCUGCCUAUCAAUUUUUCGAAGCAUUUCUUUUUAUUCGGCAACAGCUUAUAAUUAUACACUACAUCUCGAUUUUCCUAAACAUUUAUUUCAAUUUGGUAACAGUUCAUUUCUCUUCUGCCCCUCAAAUUUUCCAAGUGUUUCUGUGUAUUUUGGCAACAGGUUAUUAUCUUACUGCCACUCAAUUUUCCAAAGCAAUUAUUUUUUCUCUUCUGCCCCUCAAAUUUUCAAAGUAUUUCUGUGUAUUUUGGCAACAGGUUAUAAUCUUACUGCCACUCAGUUUUCCAAAGCAAUUAUUUUUCUCUUCUCCCACUCAAAUUUUUCAAGUAUUUCUGUUUAUUUUGGCAACAGGUUAUAAUCUUACUGCCACUCAAUUUUCCAAGCAAUUAUUUUUCUCUUCUGCCCCUUCAAAUUUUCCAAGUAUUUCUGUUUAUUUUGGCAACAGGUUAUAAUCUUACUGCCACUCAAUUUUCCAAAGCAAUUAUUUUUUCUAUUCUGCCCCUCAAAUUUUCCAAGUAUUUCUGUCUAUUUUGGCAACAGGUUAUAAUCUUACUGCCACUCAAUUUUCCAAAGCAAUUAUUUUUUCUAUUCUGCCCCUCAAAUUUUCCAAGUAUUUCUGUUUAUUUUGGCAACAGGUUAUAAUCUUACUGCUACUCAAUUUUCCAAAGCAAUUAUUUUUUCUAUUCUGCCCCUCAAAUUUUCCAAGUAUUUCUGUCUAUUUUGGCAACAGGUUAUAAUCUUACUGCUACUCAAUUUUCCAAAGCAAUUAUUUUUUCUAUUCUGCCCCUCAAAUUUUCCAAGUAUUUCUGUUUAUUUUGGCAACAGGUUAUUAUUAUCUUACUGCCUCUCAAUUUUCUAAAGCAAUUAUUUUUCUCUGGCAUGAACACUGAUCAAAACGGUGCAUACAAACUGACGGACAAACCCCAAACAUAUAUAUAUUCCAUUUCUUGACAUAGUGCCUCACAUUACCACAUUUUUUACUUGCAUUGCCGUGUCAACAUUCACUCGGUUAACACGACACACACAUACGUAUUGUGAGGGGCAAACGUCGUGUUGUGAAAAGUGAAAACCAAAAGUGACAGCUAAUUAUGUGGUCUGAUCUCCAAAAUCAACAAAUAAAUGGACCACCUGGCAACUCGUGUCAGUGCUACCAACUGUUCAAGCAGAGGGAGCAACUCAAGCAGGGGGAAAAAAAAAAUGCUCGCUAUGUGCUGCUCCUGUAAAGAAACUAGAAUGAGGACAAAAAGAAAGGGUCAGUUUCAGAUGGAGAAAUGUCUCGAUACUCCCCUCCUAUCUCUCAUCUCAGAAAUUAACAAAUAUAAGGACCAGCUGGCAACUCAAGUCAGUGCUACCAACCGCCCGUGUGAUGGCCUGCUGAAUAUACCACAUGUUUAGUCGUCGCCCGAGGUUUUCACAUUUCACGACAUGACUUUUGCUCCUCACUGUACAAUCGACAAAAGAAGUAUCAAACACUCAUGGGUAGAUGGAGUAUAAUUUUAGCGAAAUUCAUAGACUUGGUGUUGUGUCGGUUAGGUUGGUACCAAUGGAUAGAAUAGUCAGUGGUACCAACCUAAGAAACACAACACUAUAUAUUUUUCGCUCAUUUUAUUCGAUCGACCAAUGGGUGUUAUACUUUUUUUGCCGUCUGUACAAGCUGGAUUAUUUGAAGGGAACGUGCAAUGGUGGAGAUUCACACGCUUCACAAAAAGGCGUCAGGCUUCCCGUUCUUUGUUAUCAAGAUGUGAUAGAAAUAGUUUUGUACAUAGACGUGAGGUUCUUGAGUUGCUUACCGAGGCCGUUGAGAGUUUUUAUAUGAGGUUACAUUCUUUAGCUUCUAGGCUUUUCAAUUACUGUUAUCAUCAUUAUUCCAGUCAUGUUAGAAUGUGAAGUUAAGCUUUAAGAAACAGUGUACAGAAGGGUAUUAAUAUGGAUACAUCAUUGUGCUCUAAGCUGCCAUUAGGGGAGAGAGCGAGAUCAUGAGUGUGUGUGUGAGAAUGACGGAAUGAGUGUAAGUGUGAGUGAGUGAGUGUGAGAGCAGGAGUGAGUGUGAGUGAGAGUAACAAUGUGAGUGUGUGUGUGUGUUAGGGGAGAGAGCGAGAUUAAGAGUGUGUGUGUGUGUGUGUGUGUGUGAGAAUGAGUGUAAGUGUGAGUGUGAGAGAGCAGGAGUGAGUGUGAGUUACAAUGUGUGUGUGUGUGUGUGUGUGCGCGCGUACCAGCCACUGUAAACUCUUUUCCGUUGCAUUAUUCAAGUCAUCGUGUCGUACAAGCUGUGCCAAAGUUUCUCUCCCCCUGUGCAAUGAUGGUGUUCCUCUGCCACCAAGAGCUGUGCCUCAAAUGUUACCUGACACACCUUUUAAUCAACCUCGGAAAUGAUGUACGUCAGAUUCUUUAAACAUCAUAUUAGUAUUUAUUGUCAUGUGGCUAGUUGUGGUUUUUAAUUCCGUUUUUAGGAUGGAGUUAGUUAGAAGUGUUGGGUUUUCACAGUUAAUCCGGUAGCUGCGGGGAUCGUGUUUCUUAAAGGCCCCUCUAGGCAAGAAAAAUGAGAAAAAAUCAUCACUCACACCAACCAUUUCAUAAUAUAUAGGGUGAGGUGGACACAACCCGUACUACUAGUGUGAAAAUAUUCAUUAAAAAUCUGCAUUUGCCCUGACAGGCCAAACAAAGAGUGCAUAAUACUCCUCGGGAAAUGGGCUUCCUCUAUGAGUAUCGAUUGAGCUUCCCCAGAUAAUAUUUUAUCUCCAUAGGAAGGUUUCAUUUUUUUUCAAUUGCUGUACGGCUUGUGACCAGGGGGUCACGCCUCGUACACGAGGUGUUCACGGCCUGUACAAUUUUAUAAAUAAGUUUCUUAAAAAUCAGGCUUUGCACCAAGACUCAAACCCAAAUGCCUAAAGUAAUCCUCAGGAUGUGGGCUUCCUUUGAGGUAUCGGUUUAGAUUGUUUGGACUUCCAAUUCUGCAAGUGAUGACAGUGUUUUAACUUGUAAUUUUUAGGUGAUUUUCUAUGCUCGUCAAAUGUAACCAGGCUUUACAUUAAUAUUUUGCUUCCACUAGCUGUACGACUUGUGAACUACCCACAUGUCUGUGUACAGGAUUCCCACGAACACAAAAACUCGGCACAACAAUAUCUUUCCAUGCAGAUAUCUUUUCAAUAUGAUCAUAUUCGCCAUGGAAACCUUCACCAGCAAAGUCAGGACAUAUUCUCAAUCACCAUACACUAUACUAUGAAGCGAGAAAAUUGCAUCAGACAAUUUAAAAACUCGCCUAGCAAUUUCAGGCAUGAGGCUUGGGGCACAAGAUGGCUGCGUCAGCUGUUGGUGUCCCAUUUUCUUUCUUCUGUAGGAAGUGAGACUUUCCCCGAAACUUUGCUUCGACAAGACAGCCUUUGUACAUCUCGUGACCGUGUACGAGUUAUGUCCACCUCACCCUAUCAAAGCAUUUGUGAUUAGUUUAUGCAUCAUCUAUUUUUGGGGAUUUAUAUCAUGGCAAAAAUCUGGCCUGUCGCUGGUACAUGAUAAAGCCACAAAUUUGGCCCGUCGCCGCUACCGGGUUAAUUGACAUAUUACAGAUUGGUUGUGAAAAGACUUAAAAAAAUCAACAAUAACAACUAUCCAUGCCUUGAAAAAUGGGUCAGAAAAGCCAAAACAGCCACAUUACUGUAAAGACUAAUGUGACGUUUACAAAAUCAGGCGGUAUUGCUUGCUACCUGACACACCUUGAUCAACCUGAGAAGUGAUUUAUUGUUUCUAGGAUUCUCAACUCUAUGGAUGGACUAAUGACGUGAUUAAAUGCAUAUUGUUUGGUGGGAUAAAGAAAAACUACCUUAAGACAAACCUGAUUAGUUACGUUUUUUACUUUGUACAAAACAGGUAAGUAAAGGUUAGGGAAAUAUUCUAAUUAUUUAAAGAGAAUGUGCUUUUAAGGCAGUUUAAAGAGUAACUGUUUUAAGAUCAAUUAUGCCUUUUUUUCACUUUGGUCAGUAUUAUAAGAUACUUUCGCUUCUCACAGCUAUUUCUAAAGGUCACAGAGGGGGUCCGUCGGGUUCUAAUGAGUGUUUCUUGAGGUUCACGGUUGAGUGGUGUGAAGAAGGAAUUUUAUGACAUACAAAACUAUUUACUCUUUACUGUGUACGAAACAGGCAAGCAAACAUCAGAACAAUACUAGUUAUUUAAAAGAAAGAUGCAUUGUCGAGUAGUUUAAAGAAGGAAUUUUAAGGCAUACCAAACUGUUUACUCUUUUUACUGUGUACGAAACAGGCGAGCAAACAUCAGGACAAUACCAGUUACUCAGUGAAAGGUGCAAUGUUGGGUAGACUAAAGGAGGGAAGCUGAGAACAUUGUAAACAUUCCAUUGUGAUAAAGAAAUAAAAGUAAUGGAAAGAUGCAA